AUGUUUUCCAGUACAGAGAAUAUCUGGUCUGGUAACCUAACGCCCGCUCACGAAGCAGCUCCAACACUGCCCUGGGAACCAGCUCCACAAGAGCGCAAAACAGAUUACGAUGCAUAUCCAACUGCAUCACGGGACGAUCUCGCAAAAAUGGUGAACCUGCUUGCGACGGGCAUCCCUCCCCUCGAAAGUGGUCCUGAACCUGAUGGUGAAGAUAAUAACGAGACCGAACACCCGGUCCGAGAGACAGAUCAAAACGAUCGCGAAAUUCAAGGCACUGGAAACAGAGAUUCCGGGUACGCUGAAGGACAACAUCCUCAGAAUGAAGAAGAACCUGUAGAUGAUGAAGAACAACUCACCUGGUUUGGUAGUCAUCUUUGCCUAGCUUUGCACACCUUGCUGCCACCCGAAGAAAAUUCGCCACCAAAUAACGGACACGAACACUUUACCACGCCUAACAGUGGUAGUAAUAUUGAAGAAGAGAUGAUCGAGGUCGAACCAUGGUACCCGCUUUUCCACUCUCUUCCACACAUCUCGCCCACUUCCAGUCUGAGCACUUCUGCUAUUGUCUUGAGAGAUGGCGAUGACAACGCCAGCCAUGAUUUCGCGCUCGAUGGUCCGCGGACAACAACUUUAUUGAUCUUGGAGCAAGACAUAAAUGCUACAAUCGACGAAGUGUGCUCGAGUUAUCGCGGCAUCAGAAUCAUUACGCCAGACCUGAGGGACGAAAGGGAAGCGAAUCCGUAUCCUAAGCCUCUCUGUCCUAGCUCGAGGCCCCCCCUACCUAAUGGUGACCAAAGGAGGCGUAGUACCGAUUCGCCUUCGACCAAACGCUGGAGUUAUAUACCAACAGGCGCGCCGGAGAGAUUUAAUACAUUUCCACGACAGCGGCGGAAUGCGGUUUCUGGUCCAUCCGAAAGUGUGGAGUUGUAUGAUGAGGAUGGGUUUCUGAAUGAGAGUUUGUUGCAGAGAAGGUUCUCAACACAUGACAGCCCACUGGCUGAUGAGGUCGCGCGGAGGUAUUCACCGGGACCGGACGAGUCGUAUGAACAGUCAUCUGCAGUGUUGGAAAAUGCAGAUAAGCUUCGGGACGAAUCUGAAGGACUUGAUGACGAGGCGGGAAGAUAUUCGUUGGACCCGGAAGCGUUCUACAGGCCAUCCGCCACACAUUUGACGACUACAAAUCCACUCAGAAAUGGGAUUCAGGAGGGGGGUGCUUCUGCGGAUUACCCUGCCCCACGAUAUAUGACUGAAGGGCUGAUGCGCAAAGAACUGAAUAGAAGACGACGCGGAGAAGCUCUUCGAAAUGCUGCUCUUCGUGCAGAGAAAAUAAUGUUGGAACGCAAGGUCUCGUCGUUUAGCUGGAAUUCAGGGGUUGUUGAGCAGGAUGUUCCCUAUAGCAGGGACAUUGCGGAUGCUGAAAAGAAGAGAGCUAUUGCAGAGGCCAAAGAGAAGAGCGCCAUCGCAGAAGCUAAAGAGGAGUGCCGAGACAAGAAACAGAGGCAAGAAACGAGGCUCAGUGUCCGUGGUAAUUACUUCGAACUCCAAGCGUCCAGGAUACAUAACCGGAUCCAUAGCCGUGUCGUUCGAGAAACGAUCGCUCGAAACAGCUUGCACGAUGUCGGUGACGAUCUCAAUGUCCAUGAAGCACCCCUGCUCCGACGCACUGUGUCUUUGACCGUUGAGCCAAUUGUACACUCGAAUGGCAUUGACAACGAGUAUUCAGUCGAGGUUGCGAGGCGACGCAUCGCAGAUGCCUCCAACGUACGUCGAGACCCGAUCGAGCGGCAAGAGAGCAUAAUCGAGAUAACCAAUAGUCUUCCGGAAGCUCAGGCAACGGUGUCGGAGCGUCAAGGAGCGAUCCCUCAAAAUAGCUGGGAGCACGUCCAGUACUCGGCGCAGAUGAAUAACGAUGCCGUGAACGAGCUCAGAAUCCACAAAACGUUCACACAAAGGUACGCUGUCUCUACAGACUUCGAGCCUAUUGCAGAUCCCCUAGGUCCGACUAUUGGCGGCGGGCAGAAGCGCAUUGUGGGAACAAAAGAACUUGCGCGAGCACCACGGAUAGAAGUCGAUCCUUCUGGGAUGCUUCAGCCUGUAUCGGCAAACUACUGCAGCAGAUGCAAUUGUACACACCCCAGACGGCCAGCCAAUGCGCAAGAUAGUGUCAUCAUGGAGCCCUGCAGUUCCAAGGACGAAAAGAUCGCUGAGGGUAAGUGCAACUUGAUGCGCGUCCACCGGGUAGCCAAGGCGCAAAGUAGUGCCAUCAAGAAGCUUGAUGUUGUCGUGGACGAGAAGAUUGCCGUGGGAGUUAACGCUGAAAAAGACAACGAAGACGCGGAAGGUGGUGAAAAGGAGUUGCGCUGGUACUGGCCAUUUGGACGUAGGAUCCGUAAACCGGCGUUACGAAAUGUAUCAACAGACGGAAAGAAGGACGUUAAGAAAGGAGAGCUAUGGAAUUGGAAGCCUAAGGCAGAAAGGAGGAAGUUGUCCAAAUGCCCACCUAACGCGCCACCGGCAAUGUGA